UGGUAGCUCACUAGUCCUUUUUAAGACUUUUAACAGCCUUUUGUGUAAUAUGUGCUGCCCCCAAAGCGCUUUGAUGACGGGAGGCUAGAAGGGGUAGCAAUCCGAGCGCCGAAAGAGCGAGCCGGGAGCAGAUCGGGGGGUCUGCGGAUCUCGGCCAUUCAUAGAGAUGAGGGCGGGGUCUGGCCUCUCCGUGGCUUUGUGCGGCUGCUGAUGCUGCGCGGCGGUGGGCAGAGGAGAGGAGAAAAGCCGAGCUAUGGAAACACAUCCCGGAGGCCUUCGUACAUCGCGGAGAUUAAUCGCACGGUCUUCCGACUCUUAGGACAAUGAGGAAGAAGAGGGACUGGAAGCAUUGGAGGACCUUAGUUCACUUCUCCGAGACGAUGGACAUUUCUGAAUUAAAGCAUUUUAAGAGCUUCAGCAUUUGAUCCCAUGGCGAAAAAGGGACGUGCUAAGGGCGAGAAGCCCGAAGCCCUAAUAUCCGCCUUACAGGCGGCCAACGAAGACCUCAGGUCGAAGCUGACGGACAUCCAGAUAGAGCUGCACCAGGAGAAAUGCAAGGUGAACAAGCUCGAGCGGGAGAAGGUGCAGGAGGCGAAGCGCAUCCGCGAGCAGGAGCAGCACCGGCACACGGCAGCGCUGACGGAGCAGCGCGCCCGCUGGCACGAGGAGAAGCAGAAGGAGCUGCAGGCGCUGCGCGAGUCGCUGGCGCGGCAGCACGAGCAGGAGCUGGCGCGCGUCACCAAGAUCCGCGACGGCGAGACGCAGCGCCUGAAGGCGGCGCUGGGGGCGCUGCGCGACGGCAGCGGCGAGAAGGUGCGCACGGCGCUGGCGCUGGAGGCCCGCGAGGAGGCGCGACGCUUCUUCGACCAGGAGCGCGUCAAGCUGCUGCAGGAGAUCACCGAGCUGAAGGCGUCCAAGAAGCAGACGGACGAGGCGCUCAGCACCAUGAUCCAGGCCGACAAGAUCAAGGCCGGGGACCUGCGCUCAGAGCACCAGAUGCACCAGGAGCAAAUCUCCAAGAUCAAGUGGGACUGCGAGCGGGACAUCCGGAGGCUGGUGGACGAGAUCAAGGCCAAGGACAGGACCAUCUUCUCCUUGGAGAAGGAGCUGGAGUCGGCGACAGGCUUCCUGCAGAAGCUGCAGCUGCAGAAGGACGCUCUGGAUGAGCAGCUCUUCCUGGUGAAGGAGGCCGAGUGCAACCUGGGCAGCCCAAAGAGGGAGGUGCCGGGGCGUGCAGGAGCGGACGGCUCGGAGCACUGCGGCAGCCCGGACAUGCGCAGGAACCAGAGGCGCAUGGCGGAGCUCAACUCCAGCAUCCGCAAGCUGGAGGACCGCAACACGCUUCUGGUGGAGGAGCGGAACGAGCUGCUCAAGCGUGUGCGGGAGGCUGAGAAGCAGUGCAAGCCCAUGAUGGAGAAGAACAAGCUCCUCAACAAGAGAAACGAGGAGCUGACGCAGUCCCUCCAGCACCAGGAGGGGAAGCUCAAGGCGCUUCUGAAGGAGAACACCGAGAUGAAGGAAAAGAUGGGUUCCCAUCCACCGCUGAAGAAGCUCCGGUCUCUGAAUGAUCUGGACCAGGCCCAGGACGAGCAGGAGAUAGAAUUCCUGAAGCUGCAAGUUCUCGAGCAGCAGAACAUGAUUGACGACUUGACGAGAGAUCGGGAAAAACUAUUGCGUAAGAGGCGACACAAACGAAGCUCUCGACCCAUCAAGAGACAUAUCGUGGUGGACACCUUUUUCGGUUAUGACGAGGAGUCCAUGGACUCUGAAUCCUCCUCAGUGGCCUCUUUCCGGAUGGACCGCACUCCGGCAACUCCGGACGAAGACCUGGACGAGGGCCUAGCCAAUGAGGAGUCGGAACUGCGUUUCCGUCAGUUGACGCGGGAGUACCAGGCCUUGCAGCGAGCAUACGCUCUCCUGCAGGAGCAGAAGGGAGGUGUCCUGGAUGCGGAGAUGGAGGCUAAGGUUCACGAGCAGCUACAAGCAGAUGUCCUCAGGUACCAAGCCAAGAUUGAAGACCUUGAAAAGGAACUCACGCAAAGGGGACAGGACUCAAAAUGGGUGGAGGAAAAACAACUGUUCCUCAGGCAAAAUCAGGAGCUUCGCGAGAAGGGGGAGAAACUGAAGUCGGAUAUCAAUCGGAUUGAGCAGGAGCUCCAGGACUCCAAGGACCAGAACGAGCUCAUGGAAUUCCGAAUCCAUGAGCUGGAGGAGCGCGAACGAAGGUCCCCCCCAUUUAAUCUCCAGAUUCACCCCUUCACCGAGGGGGUUAGCGCCCUACAGAUAUACUGCAUGAAGGAGGGAGUCAAGGACGUCUGUAUUCCUGAUCUCAUCAAACUCCUUGACAUUCUGGGCGAUAACGGGAACCUGCGCAAUGAAGAGCAAGUAGCCAUUAUUCAAGCAAGCACUGUCCUUUCGCUAGCAGAAAAGUGGAUUCAGCAGAUCGAGGGCACGGAGGCCGCCUUGCACCAGAAGAUGAUGGACCUGGAGCUUGAGAUGGAGAUGUUCUGCAAGCAGAAGGGCUACCUGGAGGAGGAACUGGACUACAGGAAGCAGGCCCUCGAUCAGGCCUACAUGCAAAUCCAGGAGCUGGAGGCGACGCUGUACAACGCGCUGCAGCAGGGCCCCUCCAUCCGGCACGGCGAGUCGCUGAGCGACAAGCAGCGCGACGAGCUGCGCUCCGCCGUGGAGCGUCUGCGCAGGCAGAUGCUGAGGAAGAGCCGCGAGUAUGACUGCCAGGUGCUGCAGGAGAGGAUGGAGCUGCUGCACCAGGCCCAUCAGCGAAUUCGAGACCUGGAGGACAAAACGGAUAUUCAGAAGCGACAGAUCAAAGACCUGGAAGAAAAGUUUCUAUUUCUGUUCCUCUUCUUCUCUCUCGCCUUCAUCCUUUGGCCUUGAUGUCUCCUGACAUCCCCUGCAGAGACACCGUGGCGGUGCGUGUGGACGGCGUGAACAUCAGCAGCGACGACCGUCUCCGGCGGUGAACCAAACUCAUGGAACGGCCAGCUUCGUAACUCGUGACCUGAAAUGGACCCCCCCCCCUUUCUACUGAGUGGCCAAAAAAACAUAAAAAAAAAAUGGACCCAUGGCCUGAAAAUGGGGCGGCACUGGAUCGAAGAUGCAUCAGCGACUCUUUGGUACUGCGUUUUUUUUCCCUCCGGAACCUUCCGGCUAACCCAUGAGCGAAUGCCAUCUCUGAUAUUAAAGCAAACCAAAGCCACGGAGACCUUCUCUGCCGUGCAGGGGAAUGCAACACCACCUCCACACAUUGGAGGGCUUGAGAAUACAGGAAUAGAGCGCCCCUUAGUGGAGAUGCUGCACCCCCUUCCGCAGGUCCACCUUCAGAGCCGUUUGCGUCGGGCGAGCCCAUGUUCCUCUCCUCUUUCCUCCCGCACACACGCCACCUGCGAGACGGCCCGGGCACAGAGUCGCCCACAGUGACAGGACCUUGGGACCCGGCAAGCAAGGUGACGGACGGAUGGGUCACGUGACUGCAUGGACAGCGUGGCCACGCCCUCCUAAACAGAUCAGCUGACGAGUGAGGGAGAGAAAGGGAAGAGGAGCGCGAGACCGGAGACCGAGAUAAUACGCGUCUCGGUUUCCCGACAGACUCCAGUUAGAUCGAAUAACCUUUCAGCCAAAAGCUAGAGAGGAGACCUAGCUCCCCUUCGUGCAUUUUUUUUAGAAUGAAUUGGACCUAAAAGGAUCAAUUUAAUGCCACUCUUGUUUUUUACAAACACAUGCUGUAUAUAAAUCGCCAUACCGUAAGCCAUAAGAAACAACUGACAAACUGCUGUAAGAUAUACAUUUAUUAAUCUGUGUCUGGUUAUAAUGUAUAGCGUCUUUUCCUGCCUUGCUGUGAAUACCCCACCCCCUCCCUCAUGCAGCUUGAACGGUAGAUCCACACAGCAGUUUACGGGCAUCAGGAAACGUGAAUCGCUGCGUGUUGUGAUGAUGGCUGCCCGCUGUCCGGAAUGUAUACAAGACCCAAGUGGGAAGUUCUCUUUCUCCUCCUUUAGCAAUUAAAUAAUUCUUUACCAGCAACUCAUACAAUCACCCGCGUCUCCCCUAUCCGCUUGUAAAUACGCCUGGUCUUCUACUGCCGUCAUGUGAGUGAAGGAGAAUGAUAUGCCACUGUAUUUAUGGACUGUAUUUACUCUGUUUUAUAAACUUUUUUUGGUUGCCUGUCCCUGCGAUCACUUGUCACACUGUUAAAUAAGGUUUUUUUGGCCCUGAAAUAAGAGAAAGUUGUAAAUGGAUAUUUGAUCUAAAUCUAGCCUUUCACCGGGGCAGCCUAUUCGCUUUUGCAAUAUUAACGAGCGACUUAAGCCGUACUCUCAUUUGCAUCUCAUUUCCCCCCCAAGCUUAACCAAUAAAAAUCAUGCAGUCUCA